CUAUUUUGGCGGCCUUGCCAAGUUUCAAUCGCAACUUUUUCUACGAAUCGCACGCACUGAGCAGGGCGCUAGCUACGGGUACCAAUUUUUGUUUCCCUCCCCAACCAAUUUGUUUUGCCGGCAUUUUGGCCAAUCAACAUCAAGUUUUUGUUUGGGCUCAAGGACAUACCAGCCGCCCAUAAAGACAGCAGGAUCUGAGCGGAGCGACAGAGAGCGAGGGAAUCGAAUUCGGAAUUUGGAAUUUGGAAUCGGAGUCUCCGUCUCCGUAGCCGUCUCCGUAGCCGUAGAAAUAUGUCAGAGCGAAGAGCUCACACACAGAUGGGGCCACCGCCGCCGCCCCCCAAGCCAAACAAAUCGCAGACAUCGAAUGGAGGCAAUGGAACUGGAACUGGAAAUGGAAAUGCCAACGGGGGGGGGCUACUGGCGAAUGGCAACAACAGUUAUGGCAGCAGUGGCAGCAGCAGCAACAAAAUCCACGGCAAUAAAAGUGUCGCAGCAACGCCGCAGGUUGCUGGAGGCGGCGCCACAGCCACAACAGGCGAACAGAACGAGGGCCAGAACGAGAGCGUCUCUCGUAGGAGCCAGACACCGCCGCGGACAGAGCAGGUCGUGAUGACGCCCCGAGGCAAGACAGCCAGCAGCACGGUGAUCCUGAUCGAGCGGAAGCUGGUGGAUGAGAUCAACGAUCGGGUGCAUGUCGCCGGUGGCGAUCACACGGGCAUCAUCAUCAACAAGGACACGGUGGCCGGGCAGAAGAGCGCCAGCAAGGCGGCCGCCCUCUCGCUGGAGUUUCGCGUGUUCCUGGUCAGCGCCAACACGGGCAAGCACUCGCAGGAGUCGCGCACAUUGCGCUUCUGGUUCCGCGACUGGCUCACCAACGACGAGAAGCAGGCCCACAUUGCCCAGGACUUUUUCAAGGAGCUCGUCAGUCCGCAGGACUUUCCCCGAGACUAUGUGGGCUUCAUCAAGAAGAUCAUGAAGCUGAUGCAGCACGGCUACUCGGAGAUCCAGUCGAUCGAGAUCGAGCUGCGCAUCCUGGAGCAGACAUCGGCGCCGCCCUCGCGUCCGCCUCGGGAUGGUUACAUCAUCUAUUGCUACGGCGACUGCAAUCGCAAGUUCGAGGAGGCGCUGCUGGCGCAGAGGAAAACAGUUUCACUCGAGGAAUCGCAGUUUGAAUCUCCGCCGCUGACACAGGAAAAGGUGCUCGAGCUGAUCGAGCAGGCCUAUCCCAAUCCCGUUUCGCCCGAGGAUCUGGCCAAGGAUUACGGAUGGAGCGAGCAGGAUGUGCUGCUGGUCAUACAGUCGCUGCAGGACCGUGGCCUGAUCAAGUCGAUGGAGUACAAUGCCUACACCCGCAUCCACCACGAGGACAAGGAGAUCAAGGUGGUCAAGCAGAUGCCGACGAUAGCGUCCAACAAGCAGCCGACGAUUGCCAUCAUUACGGCGCAGUACUGCGAGAAGCUGGCGGUGGAUGCGAUGCUCGAGAACAAGGAGACCUUCGUUCGCUACACCACAGUGGAUUCCGAUCCCAAUCUAACGAACACCCUAAGAAAAUCCAAAAAGAAACGCAGAUUUGGCGAAUCGAAUGUCUAUACCUUGGGCAACAUCGGGGCACAUCGGAUAGUGAGCACAAAGCUGCCGUCGGUGGGCAGCACCAGGGAGGCGAUGACUGCCACGGGCAAUACGACCACACGGCUCCUGGGCACAUUCCAGAAGGUGGACUUUGUGUUCAUUGUGGGCGUCGCUGGCGGUGUGCCGCACUACACCGACUACAAGAAGCAUGUGCGGCUGGGCGAUGUGGUCAUCUCGUAUGUGGACAAGCAGCGGGCCCUCCUAAGCAACAGCAGCAAGGAGAAACCGUACGUGUAUUUGUACAAGAGCGGCGAGGAUGUGAAGACAUAUUUCCCGGUCAAUGACUCGCUGCAGCAUAUCGCCGAGAGCCUGCAGGCCAACAUGGAGCUGAAGCGGCCGUGGGAGAGCUAUCUGGGCCAGGCCCAGCAGACGCUCGCCCAGAAGACGGAGAGCGACUUUGGCCGGCCGGACUCCCGGACGGACAAGCUCUUCAUGAACAUUGGCAACAACGAGGUCAUCGAGGUGGCCCAUCCCAUUGCCGCCGAUGAGGUGAACGGUGUGCCCCGCCUGCGGCUGCAUCUCGGCCCGAUUGGCUCCGGUCGCGAUCUCGUGCGCAGCGAUGAUCUGCGCACUCAGUUCGCCCGCAAGUACGGCCUGCUGGCCACCGAUGUCGAGAUGAGCAGCGUCCUGGACAGCAUUAUUGGCAAUUGCCGCGAGAGCUUCGUUCUGGUCAAGGGCAUAUCCGACUACAAGGACGGCAUGUCCACCCGCAAGUGGCAGAACUUUGCCGCCCUUUCGGCGGCAGCGGUGGUCAAGUCGGUCAUCUGUGGCAUGGAUGCGCCCACCAAUGUCUGAGCUUGGCUUGGCUUGGCAUCUCAUCUAUGUUCUAUGUAUGUACAUCUUCAUCCGCUUCAGCCACUUCUGUUCUGUUCAGUUUAAGUUCAGUCCCCCGCAUACCGCCGCAUACCGCAUCCCACUUCCCUUGCCCUGUGGGUCUGAUGGGAGGAGGAGGAGGAGGAUGGGGAAAUGGGGACGGGACGGGACGUCACCUGGUAAACCAAAAUGUAUGCCAAUCGUGGCAGGGAUGCAGCGAUUGCGUGCAGCGAUUGCAUUACGAGUAUAUAAUGUAUCUUUGAGUAAUAUGUAUUAAAUAAUUUCUUGUUAUUUAUUUUGUUAUAACUUUUGUACCACAAAAACAAUUUAAUUUACACACACACACAAACACCCACACAUGACGUAUAUACACCUACCCAUAUGUAUGUAUAUGCAACAUUAAAUAAAUAUUGCAAACGCGCUUGCAACAACAGAAA